GUUGUAUUGUGAACUGAGAGAGAGAGAGCGAGAGAGAGAGAGAGCACCUCUGCCGCUCUCCUUGCCUUCUCUCCUGUGCGCAGUGCUCCGGCCCGGCCGCUCCUUCCUUCCUUCCUCAUUUCCUCCCCACAGCUGGCUGUCUCCUCUCUCGGAUGCUAGUUGUGCCUUCUCCUUUCGCACUACCGCCGCGCAGGACCAAAUACUUCGGAGGGGUGGAAUGACUGACUACCUGUUUUGCAUGGUCUGAAUUUCGGGAAAUUCGCACGUCGGAAAGGAGGGGAGUCAAGAGGGAAAAAAGGAGGCUCUCCAUCCUCCCCGAGGGAAUUUAUUUUACAGAGGUAUGCCAGUGCCUGAGGUGGCGUCUGACACUGCCAGCGCUGCUACCAUGUUGAGCCCCGUCCUCAAUGCCUCCAACGGAGACGGCUCCGAGUCUGAAACCACCUCCGCCAUCCUCGCCUCAGUCAAGGAACAGGAGCUGCAGUUUGAACGUCUGACCAGGGAGCUGGAAGCCGAACGACAGAUUGUCGCCAGUCAGCUGGAGAGAUGCAAGCUUGGCUCUGAGACUGGAAGCAUGACUAGCAUCAGUUCAGCAGAUGAGAAGUUUCGCUGGAAUAAUCAAGAUGGACAGAAGGACAUAGAGGAGGAGCUGACAACAGGCCUAGAGCUGGUGGACUCCUGCAUCCGAUCGCUCCAGGAAUCAGGCAUCUUGGACUCACAGGACACUUCUACAGGAGACAGACAAGGACUCCUGUCCCAAAGCGCUUUACAGCUUAACAAUCAAGAUGCCUAUGCAGCAGCUGGUUACCAUAGUAAUCAAGGGCUGACACUUGGAGAAUCAGUCCCAGGCCGCAGUGGGCAAAUCGGAGGAGCAGUCCACAGCUACAACCAGGUGACAUCCAGCCGUGCAGCUGCCCAGUUAGCAGGCACAGACUCUCCUUCACAGUCCCAGAGAGACUCAUUUGCCCAGCAGGCCUUUGGCAGCGCUUUCCACAUGUCCACAGAGGGCGGACCUGCACCUGCUGGACCAUCCAUGUAUUACUCGUGUGCCACUUUGCCUGCACAGCGCGUAAGCUCCCCUCUGCAGGCGGUGGGAUCUCCUACCAAGCUGCAGCGGCUGGGAUCAGCCUCUGCUGACAUGCCCAGCUACGCCACGCUACAGAGAGUGUCCUCACCCAAGCAAUCACCCAGCCGACUCGCCAAAUCCUACAGCACCUCAUCCCCCAUCAACAUGGUAGCAUCAGGUGCUGGCGGCUCGUCCUCACCGCUCCCCAUGGUAGCCUCUCCAGGGGGAAAUCACUCCUCGUCACCCAUACACCAGCUUAGCUCUGCGGUGGGGAGCUAUGCCACCCUGUCGCCCACCAAGCGCAUGCUGCAUCACAUCGGAGCAGAUACCUACAAGAUUUCCCACGAGCUGUACGCUAACGCAACCCUGCAAAGGCCUGGUAGCCUGGCAGGUAGAGGGUCCAGAGGUUCCUACAGUAGCCAGCACAGUCACCUGGGCUCCGAACUGCGACCCCUGCAGUCCCCUGAACACCACAUCGACCCCAUCUAUGAAGACAGAGUCUACACCAAACCUAACAUUAGAGGACAAGCCCCACCCUCCCCCGGUGUCGACCCAAUCCCCUUACAGCGAACGGGAAGCCAGAGCGCCACCGCCACCUUCCAGAGAGGCAGCUUUGCCACGGGAGGCGGGGCGGCCGACUACGCCAAUCCGUACCGCACUCUGCAGUUCUGUCCGUCGACCGAGUCGCCUUACAGCAAGUCAGGCCCCGCCCUCCCCCCUGAGGCGGCGCUGGGCCGAUCCCCAUCAGUGGACAGCAUCCAGAAGGACCCAAGGUACGACCCCGAAUUCCUUGUGUGGAAUCAAAAUCAAGCCGAGCAAAGAAUGACAAAGGAGUUUGGCUGGAGGGAUCCAGAGCUGCCAGAGGUGAUCCAGAUGUUGCAACAUCAGUUCCCAUCAGUUCAAUCCAAUGCUGCUGCUUACCUCCAGCACCUCUGCUUUGGAGACAACAAGAUCAAAUCUGAGAUUCGGCGGCAGGGUGGAAUCCAGCUGCUGGUGGACUUGUUGGACCACAGGAUGACUGACGUGCACCGCAGCGCCUGCGGAGCCCUGAGGAACCUGGUGUAUGGCAAAGCCAACGACGACAACAAGAUCGCCCUGAAGAACUGCGGAGGCAUACCCGCUCUAGUGCGACUGCUCCGGAAGACCACAGACGUGGAGAUCCGAGAGCUGCUCACAGGUGUUUUGUGGAACUUGUCAUCAUGUGAUGCCCUGAAGAUGCCCAUCAUCCAGGACGCUUUGGCCGUUCUGACCAACGCUGUGAUCAUCCCACACUCGGGCUGGGACACCUCCCCGCACACGCAAGAGGACCGCAAACUGCACCUACACUCCUCCCAGGUUCUCCGCAAUGCCACCGGCUGUCUGCGGAAUGUGAGCUCUGCAGGUGAGGAAGCCCGUAGGAGGAUGAGGGAGUGCGAGGGUCUGACUGACGCUCUGCUCUAUGUCAUCCAGACCGCUCUGGGGAGCAGCGAGAUUGACAGCAAGACUGUAGAGAACUGUGUGUGCAUCCUGAGGAACUUGUCGUACCGUCUGGCUGCGGAGACCUCUCACAGCCAGCAGGGGGGGUCGGAAGAGUUGGACGGCUUGUUAUGUGAUACUGGAGGGAAGGACGCAGAGAGUUCGGGAUGUUGGGGCAAGAAGAAGAAGAAAAAGAAGGGACAUGACCAGUGGGACGGCGUCGGCCCAUUUCCAGACUUGGCGGAGCCCCCGAAAGGCAUCCAGAUGUUAUGGCACCCCACCAUCGUUAAGCCCUACCUCACACUGCUGUCUGAGUGCUCCAACCCAGACACCCUGGAGGGAGCAGCUGGGGCUCUGCAGAAUCUAGCUGCUGGCAGCUGGAAGUGGUCCGUCUAUAUCCGAGCUGCAGUGCGCAAAGAGAAAGGACUCCCUAUCCUGGUGGAGUUACUGAGGAUAGACAAUGAUAGGGUCGUUUGUGCUGUGGCUACAGCCCUGAGAAACAUGGCUCUGGACAUCAGGAACAAGGAGCUAAUUGGUAAAUAUGCCAUGAGGGACCUGGUGCACCGUUUGCCUGGAGGCAGCAACAACAACAACAGCAGUGGUGGGGGAGGAGGCGGAGGGGGUGGCACCAACAGCAACAGCGGGCUGGUGGGGAAGACCAUGUCGGAUGACACCAUCACGGCUAUCUGCUGCGCGCUGCAUGAGGUCAUCACCAAGAACAUGGAGAACACCAAAGCCCUGAGGGACGCUGGCGGCAUCGAGAAGCUCAUUGGCAUCGCACGCAGCAAGGGAGACAAAAUUCCCAGACAUAGUCCCAAAGUGGUGAAAGCUGCAUCUCAAGUCUUGAACAGCAUGUGGCAAUACAGAGACCUGCGCAGCCUCUAUAAAAAGGACGGCUAUUCCCAGUACCAUUUUGUUGGCUCCUCCUCCACGAUAGAGAGAGACAGACAGCGACCUUAUUCUUCCUCUCGUACGCCCUCCAUCUCUCCUGUGCGGACCUCGCCCAACAAUCGAUCAGCGAGUGCUCCUGCGUCCCCCAGGGAGAUGAUGGCAUUGAAGGAGAGAAAGGCAGACUACGAGUCAACUGGCAAUGCCAGUUACCAUAGCAGCAAGGGCGAGCACACAUCCCGGAAAGACGCCAUGGCGGGUCAAAUCUCCGGUGGGUCUUCAACACUACACAGAGGAGCGUAUGUGUCCCCAACUGAUGACCUGAAGUAUAAUCAGGUAUCUUCUCAAGGCUUGCCAUCAGAACCCUACCCCCCUUUCCAAAAUCCUCCUCCACCUGACAGCAGCAACUACGAGGAUCAGGCCUGCUACGAGAACCAGGUUCAUGCUGGAGGGCGUCCCCCGCAGGGUGACCUUAACAUGCACCUGCAGGGCCUCAAGUCCACCGGCAACUAUGUAGACUUCUACUCAGCCUCGCGGCCCUACAGCGAGCUCAACUACGAGACCAGCCACUACCCAGCCUCACCAGAUUCCUGGGUGUAAGGGGAGAUGAGGGAGGAGGAGGAGAGUACGGAUAAAAGAAAACCCGGAAGUGAAGGGGGGGUGGCUUAAAGGUGGAGUGAAAGAAGAUGAAAGGACAGGUUCCCUUCCUCCCUCCCCAUCCUCCCCUGUAGUUCCUGAGUAGCAUCAUAGAUAGCAGGAUGAUGAAGGGGGAGGAUGGAGCGCAUGAAAGGAGACACGGGCAGCAAGCUUGAUAGACAUUUCACUCCUUUCAGGGACAUCUCUGAGAGGAAGGAGAGGACCAGAAGCAAAUGGAGGAUUGGCCAAGCAUGUGCAUGCACACCACCAACCAAACUGACCGACACAUUUUCUUUCUGUGUUUCGUUUGUGAUCAACAAGUGGUAGAGAAGGUUCACCAGACAGAAAGAGCGCCCGCUUCUUGUAGGAUACAGAAUGUCAAUCGGAGACUAACCCGGAGAGAGAGAAGAGAGUCGGGACAUGAAAGGGAAGCGGGAGAGCAAAAGUUGGCAAACGGUUUUGCGAUGAAGAAGGACGAUGAAAGAUAAACAUGGAUUGGUGGACUUGAGGAUGAGAUGUUUUGCAGCGAGUCAGAGAUACCCCAAGAGGAAUCUGUAAAUAUGUGGUAUAGCAUCCAUGGGUUUUAGUAAAGUGAAGCACAAGAACUGUAGGACACAUAGGACGUCUGUCACACAAAACUUUUCUUUCUGUCUGUGGCUUCAGCGUGACGUAUUCUCUGGGCAAGAAAGACUUUUGGUCAUUUGUAACACUUUUUUUUGUGUUUCUACUUUUUUAAUUCUGAUUGUAUAGUAUUUGAUGUACACUGUACAUUUACGGAGAUGCAUUGCGUACUGUACAUUGCACUAUUUUCUGUGUCAUGUCAGGCCUUUUGCCACUGGUUCCGACUCACCUCCUCACCAAGUACGCCCCCUUACCCAAACACACACAGACUUUCAGAACCCAUAUCAUGGAUGUUGCUAAUGUGAAACACUGGAUAUGAAUUGCAAGGUCACGGUGCUCCUUUCCACUGCCCUACAGUUAGUACAGCUGCCAGAACUGCUAAAGAAAGGUUGUUUUUUGGGCUUUUUUAGGCUAGCGUUACAUCUUCUCCACACCAUUCCCCUGCUUUUACCCCCCUCCUUUGAGUGACCUGUGUUCAUCAUGUAUAUAACCGUGCCAAACGAGGGAUACUUCCCCUCAGCUGAAAGGGGAGUGUUGACGGUGCAUUCAAGGGUCCAAGUUGAGCUGAAGGUUUUCAGCUGAACAUCCUCGCCGUUCUAACGAUGCCACUUUGUAAAUGCUUUGGUUUUUCUAAACUGUGUUUUACUGGGAUGAAAACCGUCGAACUGCACCGAAACUCCCGAGUAAAAUCGUAACAAGAAAAAAAAAAAGAAGAAGAAGAAGAGAAAAAGGAAAAUCGCGGAGGGACUGUGGAGCCUCACUUCCUCCAGAGCUGUACAAAAUUAGUUGAUUUCUGUGUUGUAAAUUAAUUCAUGUUUGAAGUACAAAAAAAGAAAAAACUUUUCUGAGAGAUGGUUGGCAAUUCUAACUUCAUGGUAGACAACAACUGUUAAUAGAGUACGGAUAUAUAUUAUAUAAAUAUAAAUAUAUACUUUUUAUGUGCAGAUGUGGAUGUCACUUAUAGCAGCAACAUUAUGGAAAAAAAGACUUGUUUAAAAAAAAUUUAAAAAAACAGCUACAUGUAGGAAUUUUGUUCACAGUUAAUUUUCUGGUCAGCACACUAAAAUUGUCGACUUUGUGUAGUAAUGUUGUUGCUAUGUGGAGUAGAGUAGACCAGGGCCCAGGGAUCCACGUCGUCACUGAGGCAGUCUAGCAAAGGUGCUACAUCCGUGAGAAGUAUUUCCGACACGUCUGUAUUCUGUCUGUGCACAAGAUGUUUUCAGACUCCACCCAUCGUGCUGCACUGAUGCACUGGAGUGUGUCACCAGUGCACCUCUGCUUUUUAGAUGAUUUGGUCUCAGAUACCAAAACAUGCACCCGUCAAUGCAUGCCCAUUUUGUUGUCAAACUGAAAUAUCUUUUUUCUUUCUUCUGUUUUUUUCUGUAAGUGAAGAAGGCUAAAUUGUAAAAGGUGACACCAGACCCUGGUUCUCCCUACUCACUGCUGUUUAGAAGUCCUAGAGGUCAUCUUCCAAUGCUUGAUAAAGCCACUCAUAAUGCAGCAGCCCCACCACCACAAACACACACUGGAUGGAAAGCAGACGUGCUGUAUUUUUGUUAGUAAGCAUCUGGAAACUGAGAACGUUAUGUAUGUCCUUGUGAUCCUUAGGCAGAGAAAACUUACUAUGAGACCUGUAUGGAGAUAUAACGUCGGUGACCUUUUUUUUGCUAGACCAAACGUGUUUUAAAAAGAGAAAUUGUGAAUCUUUCUAUUGCCUCAAACAGACUGCAACUGCUCCAAAAAUAUAAACGAACCAUCAAAGAA